UAUGUCACCUAGCACAGUUUCCUCAUUUUAUACAUUUUAUAAAUGAGGAAACUGAGAUCCAACAAGGUUAUAUAGCACAGCCCAGUUUGUGUUUGGACAAGGCUAAGAAUUAAGUUCCGGGGGUGGAAAGGGCCCAUAAAUUUGAGAAUAAGAGACAUGCCAUUCAUUGUGGUAUUCUCCAGCUCCUAGUCCAUUAAUAUUGAUCACAUGACCAACCAACUGACUGAUCUGACUGAAUGAAUGCAUGGAUGAUAUGUUCCUGCCUUGUGUUCCCUGGUAACCAGCUAGACCCACACGCCAUCCAUUCCAAACAGAGGAUUAUUUCAUUGGAGAUAUGAGAGGGCUCUCUCCACUUGCUAAGAGAGUUUUCUUGACUGGCUGAGAGACAUUUUUCUUCCUUGAGUAUUGCUUCCUCUUCGUUGAUACUAACAGGAUAAAUAUCAGAGCCCUUACAGGAUGUGUGUGGUGUAGCACAACAGACAACUGGGGUUUCCUUUGAUGCAACUGUGGGCUUAACAGCAUUAACAGAGGAAAGAUCAGUAGUCAGGUGGCCUGGUGUGUUGGUCCAGCAGUUGGGGAGAGCAGCCGUUGCUCCUGUGAUUGUGGAGGAGAUACAAUUGUAAGAGGUAGCCAGUUCCACUGGAGAAUCAAAACUAAACAGAGCUAUUACUGGACGUUUCUUCUUCAGAAUCCAUGGUUUCACAACUUUCCUUUGACUGUGUCCUGCUGCUGCUGCCACUACUCACAAGGUCUUUGGAAGGGGAAUACGUAGUUGAAGUGGGUCAGAAUGCUGUUCUGCCCUGCACCUACUCUCCAGUCACUCCUGAGAAUCUUGUGCCUGUCUGCUGGGGCAAGGGAUCCUGUCCUAUGUUUGAAUGUCAUAGUAUGGUGCUCAGCACAGAUGGAAGGAACUUGAAAUAUCAGACAUCCAACAGAUACCAGCUAAAGAGGAAUUUCCACAAAGGAGAUGUGUCCUUGACUAUAGAGAAUGUGACUCUAGCUGACAGUGGGACCUAUUGCUGCCGGAUUCAAUUCCCAGGCCUAAUGAAUGAUAAAAAAUCAAACCUGGAGUUGGUCAUCAAACCAGCCAAGGUCACCCCUGCUCGGCCUACACACAGAGACUUCGGUACAGCCUUUCCAAGGAUGCUCACCACCAAGGGAUAUGGCUCAGAGACACGGACACUGGAGGCCCUCCAUGAUAAAAAUCAAACUCAAAUACCCACAUUGGCUAACGCAUUACAAGACUCUGCUGUGACUACCAGAAUAGGCAUCUACAUUGGAGUGGGGAUCUCUGCUGGGCUGACUCUCAUUCUUAUCAUUGCUGCUUUAAUUCUCACAUGGUAUUCUUAUAGCAAAGAGAAGUUACAGAAUUCGAGCCUGGUCACUUUGGCCAACGUCGCUCCCUCAGGGUUAGCAAAUACAGUAGCAGAAGGAGUGCACUCGGAGGAAAACAUCUAUAUCAUUGAGGAGAACAUAUAUGAAAUGGAAGAUCCAUAUGAAUACUACUGCUAUGUCAACAGCGAGCAACUAUCCUGACAAUCCCGAGGUCUAACCCUUUAACCCGCCAGAUCCCACUACUUCAUUUUUGAGCAUGGUAUCAUUGUGAAAACUAUGAAAUGUGUCAGCUGAUUGGUUUUAGAGGCCCUGUCCAUGGCCACCAAGCAGAGUUUUUACAUUUUGGGAGAUAAUUAGCUCACAUAGGGAUGGAACUGUGUCCUACACUGUAUUUAGGUACAACAUCACCUCUGUAUUUCAGCCAGUGGGGCUACCCAAUUCAGAGCAUGCUAAUUGGGUCAUUAGAGUUCAAAUGGGCUUUUAUAUAGAGUAGGAAUUGUUUUUUUUUUUUUUUUUUUUUUUUUUUUUUAUGUUUAUUCACUUUUGAGAGAGAGACAGAAACAGAGACAGAGGACGAAUGGGGGAGGGGCAGAGAGAUUGCGAGA